UUUAUUGCAAAGGGCACGGCGGCCCGGCCAGCUUCAUCUUGCUUGUUAUUGUCAUCAGUGGCCCAGGGCGGUCCCUGCGCCCGGCCUCCCCAGCGGUUUCCUGUGGGAGCCGAGCCCCGGGCCGGCUCCCCCUCCUCGCGGGUGCUCUCCUCUCCUUUCCUCUCCCCUUCCCGCCGCCCUUCCCUCCGCCCCCGCCCCGCCCCGCCCCGCCCCUUUCCUCCGAGGAAACUUUCCGCCCGCUGGUCCCGGCCCGAGUCCGGCCCGCGCUGCCGCGGCCUGGGAGCCGAGCGGGCGGGCGGACGGGGCGGGUGCGGGCCGGGGCCGGACGUCGGACGCGCCGGGGCGGGCAGCGGGAGUCGGGGCGCAGGCGGUGGAGCAAGAAAGCGGGGUCCCGCAUCCUCCGUGCCUGGCGGCGGGAGCGUAGGGAUCCGGCAGGCUGCCGGGGGCGCUGCCCCCGCCCGACAGCAGCAUGGAUGCCCCACGAAGGGACAUGGAGUUGCUCAGCAACAGCCUGGCGGCCUUCGCGCACAUCCGCGCUAACCCGGAGAGCUUCGGCCUCUACUUCGUGCUGGGCGUCUGCUUUGGCCUCCUGCUCACCCUGUGCCUGCUGGUUAUCAGCAUCUCGUGCGCGCCCCGCCCGCGGCCCCGGGGUCCCGCCCCGCGCCGGGACCCCCGCAGCAGCGCCCUGGAGCCGGACGAAGACGAUGACGAUGACGACGAGGAGGACACAGUGACGCGACUGGGCCCCGACGACACGCUGCGGGGCCCCGAGCUGUCGGCCGAGCCCGACGGGCCCCUGGUCAACGUGUUCACGUCGGCGGAGGAGCUGGAGCGCGCGCAGCGGCUGGAGGAGCGGGAGCGGAUCCUGCGAGAGAUCUGGCGCACCGGGCAGCCCGACCUGCUGGGCACGGGCACGCUGGGGCCCGGCCCCGCCACCACCGGCACUCUGGGCCGCAUGCACUAUUACUGAUCGCCCCGGGAGCGCUGGACACGCACAAGCGAGCGCAGGGCUGCCCAGGGCUUAGGGCUGCCCAGGGCUUGGGGCCGCCCCUGCCCACGGUGCUCAGGGGCCCCAUCUCGGCCGCUCCCCCGGUGCUAUUGGACAUCGCCCCACUCCCUGGGAUGCACCAUCCCCUCCACAGCCAGAGCUGGGGGAGGGCAGGGACCCCAUCCCAUGGGGAAAAGGACAGUAAAGAGGGGGUGACCAAUGAAAGCUCCAUUCU